CUAUUCUUACUCUACCCAUAAACAUGUGAGAAAUGAGAAUCAGAGUCUCAAUUGAAUUGAAUUCCUAAAGAAAAGAGUAUAAUAAGAAAAGAAAAGAAAAGAAAAACAAGAAACGAAAAGAAUAGCUUGGUUUUGUGUUCGUGUUUGUUUAGUAAUGGCUAGCGAAUCCAUAGUGGUGUUCGCGCAAUUCCAAAGCGCGGUUGACGAGGGUUUCUGGCACCGCUUUUCUUCUCUCAAACUCAACAAGCUCGGCAUCGACGACUCUCCCAUUCCCAUCACUGGUUUUUAUGCUCCUUGCUCACAUCCUCAAGUAUCAAAUCAUUUAACUCUACUAGCUGAGUCUUUGCCUUCUGAAUCGAAUGAGCAAUCUUCAACAGCUGCCACAAGUGGUGGCAACAGAAACAGGUGCCCUGUCCCAGGCAUUCUUUACAACACGAAUACAAUAGAAAGUUUCCAUGCCCUUGAUAAGAAGAGUUUGCUAAAGGCAGAAGCAAAAAAGAUUUGGGAUGACAUUCAUACUGGAAAAGCUGUGGAGGAUAGUGCCGUACUUUCAAGGUUCCUUCUUAUCUCAUUUGCAGACUUGAAAAAAUGGACGUUUCACUACUGGUUUGCUUUCCCUGCUCUGGUGCUUGAUCCUCCAGCAACCUUGGUUGAUUUAAGGCGAGCUUCACAGUAUUUUAGCUUAGAAGAGGCAAAAUCUGUUUCAGCGGCUUGUAAUGAGUGGCGAAAGUCAAGCUUAACAGCCGAUGUGCCCUUCUUUUUGGUCUGUAUUGAUCCAAAUUCACUAGCUACGGUUAAGCAUAUAAAGGAUUGGGAAACCUGCCAAAGUGAUGGUAACAAGUUGCUGUUCGGUUUUUAUGACCCAUGUCAUCUUCCAAAUAAUCCUGGUUGGCCUCUUCGCAACUUUCUUGCACUUAUUUCUGUGAGAUGGAAUCUCAAGUCAGUUCGCUUCUUGUGCUAUAGAGAGAAUCAUGGUUUCGCAGAUUUGGAGUUGUCCCUUGUUGGUGAAGCCUUGAUUACAGUUCCACAAGGUAGAGCGGCAAAAACUGGUAAUGGUUUAGGAUGGAGGGAUCAUCAAUGUUUACCAAACGCAGUGGGGUGGGAACAAAACAAAGGGAGGCAAGUCUCCAGGUGUAUUAGCCUUGCUAAAUCCAUGGAUCCAACUAGGUUGGCCAUAUCUGCAGCAGAUUUGAACUUAAAACUAAUGAGAUGGCGUGCUUUGCCAUCUCUGAAUUUAAAUGCCUUGUCAUCUAUGAAGUGUCUUCUACUAGGAGCAGGUACACUUGGAUGUCAGGUUGCUCGCAUGCUUAUGGCUUGGGGUGUCCGGAAAAUUACACUGGUUGACAAUGGCCGGGUUGCUAUGUCGAAUCCAUUGAGGCAGUCCCUAUAUACAUUGGAUGACUGCCUCAAUGGUGGGGAAUAUAAAGCUACAGCAGCAGUCAAAAGUCUCGGUCGGAUAUUUCCAGCUGUGGAUGCAGAAGGUGUUGUGAUGGCUAUACCAAUGCCUGGGCAUCCUGUGCCUAGCCAAGAAGAGGAUAAUGUGCUUGAAGAUUGUAGGCGCCUGCAUGAUUUGGUUGAUUCUCAUGAUGCUGUUUUCUUGUUGACUGAUACAAGGGAAAGCCGGUGGCUACCAACACUUCUUUGUGCCAAUACUAACAAGAUUACCAUAACUGCAGCUCUAGGAUUUGAUAGCUUCUUGGUAAUGCGCCAUGGAGCUGGUCCUUUUAGCUCUAAUGAUGAAAGGCAGAGAUUGGGCUGUUACUUCUGCAGUGAUGUGGUUGCACCAAUUGAUUCAACUGCCAACCGCACUUUAGACCAGCAAUGCACAGUUACACGACCAGGACUUGCUCCAAUUGCUUCGGCCCUCGCUGUUGAACUUUUGGUGGGCAUCCUGCAUCACCCUCAGGGGAUAUUUGCUGAUGGUGAGCUUGCAAACUCCAGUAAUAGUGGAAGCAGUGAGCAGCCUCUUGGUGUUUUACCCCACCAAAUUCGAGGUUCCCUCUCUCAAUUUUCUCAGAUGACACUUGUGGGUCACUCCUCAAACAGUUGCACAGCUUGUUCCAGCACAGUGGUAUCAGAAUAUCGAGAAAGAGGAAUGGAAUUUACCAUCCAAGCAAUCAAUCAUCCUACCUAUCUAGAGGAUCUCACUGGACUAACUGAGUUGAUGAAAUCAGCCAGCUCCUUUAAACUUGACUGGGAUGAUGAUGAUGAUGACGAUUGUAUUGAAAUUUGAGGAAUUCCUUAAGCUGAAUUGCAUUAUUUUUCAAUUAGUAUCAGACUAGGUGCUUCACAUGUGGAGCCUAACUUAAAUCUCUGAUUGAUUUGUUCACUUUAUUUAGGUUCACAACCAUUAGGUCAUAUAUGUUUGUUUAACAGCUUUCCGACCAUAAUCCAGUAGAUAUUUAUAGGCGUGCUAUCACCUGGUCUCAUCCUUGUCAUCUACUAGUAUGAUAGACACUUUGACGAUGUAUUUAAUAUGUGUCAAUAAUAUUAUUCAAAUAUUAUUGCUGUCCA